AUGAACCACUUGAGCGCAGUUCUGAAGGAAUGUGAGCCCGUCAACACCGAGAUAGCACGCAUGACUUGGAAGUGUCUUCAGGGGACGCAUGGUCAAUCGUGGGUCAGUCUCAUCUCGUCUCUGCGGGGCUUCCAGGCAUCCGCCUUCAAGGAUCCCGAGAACUCGCCUCUUGGUAACCACCUUGGCAACAUCUUUCAAUGCCUCCAUGGUGAACUCGGCAUCCCACCAACCCCGGGACAAGCCCAUCAAGAAACUGAACUGGACGUCGAGAUGAUCGAUACCAAGAAUGCUGAGGGGACACAGAGGAAAGCCCUUCAAACAGUCAUUGGGAGCUUAGAGACUGUUCUCGGCAGGAUCUCCAAGAACAUAUAG